AACAAGUUGCCAAGCCUUGCAGGCGCUGAUACUCACACAAUCGGCCGAUACAGACAGUACAGCUUCAGGAUGGCAGUUGGCAACGCAGUAGAAAACCUUCGCCAAAAAGUUAAAGAUAGAGUCAGCAACGCCACUGCCGAAAUGUCUAACGUCCUCGUUAUUGGCCUGACUGGCAGUGGAAAAUCGUCCCUGAUCAACUCAAUAGAACAGGCUGUUGUGGGCAAGCCGGCAAACCUAGCCAGGGUCGGCAGGGGUGUGGGAGGAAAUGUCACCCUGUGUAUUGAAGGCUGUGGUAUGUUCUCAACGCUUCAGGACAACCUGAGAGACAAGGUGAAGUUCUGGGACUUUGUCGGCCUUCCUAACCGGAACGACGUGGCCAUCAGGACCCUUAUUUCAUUAGCUCUUGAUGGCCGUAAUUCCUAAAAACCGGCCUCUGAUAAACCCCCAAUACUACGACAUGCGCAAGGGGGAGUUAGAGGACGAGUUUCCGGCAAUCCCAGAUCGACCAAAGAUCCAGCGUGUUGUUGUCGUGUGCGCGGCUGAUGAGGAGAUACCCACAAAUCUCCUGCAGGCGACGAAGAAGGCGGCUCAACCGGCGACGACGGCGGCAGAUCGCAACAUCCCAUUGUUCCUGCUCAUCUCCAAAGUGGACAAGAUGGUCGGAGAUGCGAACGCCGAGGGCCUCAGUCGAAGGAUACACAACGCCAGGGACACCCUUAAGCUUGACGCAACAAACUACUUCUUCGAGGAAGCUACCCUGUACCAUGAACAAACUAAUGCGGUAAACGACCCAGGUAUGGCUUCAAAUGAUUCAACUGAUGAGCCUCUCUUACGACUUUUGUUCAACAUCCUGGAUCCCCAGCUCCGGGUGGUUUACACCGAACCACGACCUGAGCCAACACUGGCUGGUGAGCUCAAGAAAUCAGGAAAAAGAAGGUACAUUCGUAUAAAGGAAAGGGUGACAGAGCUUUGUCCACUUUGGAUAGUGGAAGCCAUAUUGCUGGGUUUGGUAGCAAUUGUGAUAGGAAUUGUUUUGCUAAAUAUAAAGUAGACCAUGAUGUGACUACGUGAUAGCCGAUGUUACAUGAUAAACAAUAUUAUCAUAUAACCAGAUAGCGUUAAGCAAUCAGAGGUCCCCAUUUGCCAUUGGUUAUGACACCAUAACACACCCAGAGGUCAUUAAAUUCCAUAAACACCGGCACCAAUCAGCGUCGACCGAUAUGGCCGACGAUGACGUCAUAGGGAACACGUUUUGUUCGAAUUUCAUCAGAUCGAACAUGGUGGAACAUGAUUCGGGUUACAGAACAAACUUAGUAUAAGGACAUUUUUAACUUUGCCUGAAUGUCAUCUAGCGGAGAGAGCACAUC